UUGCUAGGAUUUAAUUGUACUUUUGAUCACUUGAACUUUAAUUGUUGGGGAUUCAUUGAUCAUCACAAAACUGAAAUAUAUAUUUCUUAAUUAGAAACUAUAUAUAUGCAUCUAACAGUCACAAACAUCCUGGAAUUAUAAUUAUAAUUAAUAACAUAAUAAUUAUAAUUAUAAUUAUAAUUUCUUUGAAAGGGGUUUUGUAAAAUAUGAAUUGUUGACCUUGCUUAAAUGUGUUCUUGUUCUUAUCCUUCCAUUUGGAAAGAAAAUAUAACAUAUGUGCUGUUGAAGAUUUUUUUUCUUUUUCGAACAGUUUAGCAAUUUACAUAUAAAUAAAAAAAAUGUUUCGAUAUACAAUAUAGGGGGUCUAAAAAAUAUAACUGUAAUAAAGAUGGGUUUUUGUAGAAGUAAUAUUCCACAUCCAUGGCUUCACAUGAUCAAUCAGAUGAUUCAUUUUUUUAUUAAGUGAGUUAGUGCCCUAAUUUUUAAUUCAUUUGUACUUCAUUGAGUAGUGUUGAUUGUAGAAUGCCCCAUACCUGCUGAUUUGUUUGGGGAUAAAGUCUUAAUUACUUGAUUUGAUCAUUUGUGUUGAAAAUAGAAUUUCAAUUCCCCAAAACAUUGCACACAAUAAUUAUAUAAAUAUGUAUAUGUAUUUAUGAUAGGCAAAAAAUAAAGAAAGAGAAUUCGCAUUGCUGAUUCUAUCUCAAUUUAAAAAAAAAAAGAAAAAUAAAAAAAAAAAAAAAGAAAAAGAAAAAGAAAAAAGAAUGAUAAUGAUAUUUAUAUAGAAAAUGAUUCUUGUACUGAAUACGUGCACUAAAUUGAUAGACGUAUUCUUUUAAUUGAUCAAUUAUAUAAUAAAUAAAGAAGUGAAACAUUUUACUUGUAUUUGAUAUAAAUAAUUAAUUAAAAAUUAUUAAGUUAGACAAGUCACUGUAAAUGAUUCAGUGUAAGUAUCACUACACUGUGUAUGUUUCAAACUUUGAAAUAGAGAGACAACUUCUCCUAAUUUAAUUCUAACGGGUGAUUAUAAAGGUAAAAUAAAUGUGUGGGUGCUUAGUACAUGCGUGGGGUAGAUAAACCGAUUAACGAUUAAUAUGUAUAAAGAGCGUUCAUUACUCUUUAACCAAUUUUAUGCCAACGACAUAAAAUAUUACGUAAGAACCUAAUACAAACUUGAACUAUUGUCUAUUUCUAUUUCUAUCAUUUAUCUUUUAUUUAUUGAAAUUUAAAAAGGAAAAAUUAGUUUAAUUGGUACAAAGAAAUAAAACAACUAAAUAGCUUGGGUGACAAAAAAACAAUGCCUACCGUUAUCAAACAACCAUUCUUUUCUCAUUUAUAUGCAUUAUUGUUUUUCUUGCGAUAUAAUACAAUAAUUAUUUAUGGAUAAUAUUUGUCUAUUUAUUGGUGGAAGUAGGUGAUCUUUAUUAAGGUUGAUGUUGUCAAAUCACAAAUUUACACAUUAUUUAUAAUUACAAAAUUUAGAAUGUAAUAAAUAAAAUAAUAAAAAAAGGAUAAUAGUCGCCUACUCGCCGUAGGUGACCUUACUAUUGAUGUUGUCCAAUGCGAAUAGGUACGUGAUCUCUAUUGAAAGCUGAUGUCCAAUCAUAAAUUCACACAUUUCCCGUAAUUACAAAAUGGUGAAAGUAAUAAAUAAGCAAAACACAUAGGUGAUUGAAUUUAUUUUUUUUAAAAAUGUUUUCCUUAUUUAUUAAUUUCUUGUUUUUAUAAUUACAGACUAUGUACAUUUGUGAUUGGACAACAUCACCAACUCACAGAUCAUGGAGAAGGGACCAAUUACGUGACCCCGAAAAGUGUAUGCUCAUGAUAAGUUGGCUCGUAGACAUCUUUUUAGUGUUGGGCUUGAUCCGAAUCAAACUGCAAAUUAUUUUCCCAUGAUUGGACCAGUUAACAAACUUGAGCCGGAACGAACCAAUCCGCCCACUUUAUGAGAUCGAUUAGCCAGACCAGAUUUCAAAACAUUGAACCUAAAUAAAUACCCUAAAACGGGGAUGGUAAUAAAACAGUCAUCAAUCAAUCUGCCCAAACAAAGAAAGCGAUGGAUUCUACCGGUCGAAGAAGCGGAGGAGGUAUACUUGAAGGUCUCUACAAAGUUAUUAUGCGCCGGACCUCCAUCUACGCCACUUUCGUCAUCGCCGGCGCUUUCCUCGGCGAACGGGGUGUGGAUUAUGGACUUCAUAAGCUCUGGGAGUACAACAAUGCUGGGAAGCGAUACGAGGACAUAACAGUUUUGGGGCAGAGGCCAUCUGAAUGAAAUUUCAAUCUCUCUCUUCUUUUGGUUCUUGCUUGUUUCCUUUUUGGAGUCAAAAAGGCCACAUUUUUAAUUCAUCCUUGAAUAAGUACUUUUUUUGUUGGGUCAAUGUGGCCUUUAGUUUUCAAAAUACAGAUUAUUGGGAUUCUAAGGUGAUGGUUAUUAUUCAUUUUAAAGCAUGGAAAAUUUCAGUAUCUC